GCCUGGUGAACGGGGAAUGUCGGCGGUGGCUACGAACGCCGACAAACAAUAACAGAGAACUCACUUGAAGCAUCAUCAGAGCAACAUCGUUCGUCACCGCUUUAUUUGAUGUAGAAAUGAUCUCCGGGCAGGUCCUGAGCGGCUGCGCGGAGGAACUAGUUGAGUUACCGUGUACGCGUGCGCCAACCCGCCGAAUCGACUCCAUGCUAUUACGACGCCAGUGUUUCUCCCUGCGUCUCUCGAGGAAGGUGCCGUCCUGUUGCUUCCAUGAAAAUGUGUGUUAUCGUGCACCCGGUAAACGUGAAGAGUCGGCGGUGAAUUCAAACGCCGACAAACAACAACAAAGGGCUAACAAAGCGUCGUGUGGUGAUUUCAGUAUGUAUCAAGUUUUUUUAAACCGAAUUUACGUAUCAUAUCGGACGAAUUGCUUCGCGUCUUUCAUUGUAACAAAGAGCCAAGGGACUCAGUGCACCGGCCGGCAGCCUUCGUAUGUUUAUAAACCGCUGUUUAUUAUGGUUUCAAAGACUAGUGAUGUGUCGAACGUUGAAAUCAAUGCAAUUUGUGAUCCCUCUCAAGUAUGAAGAAAAUUUUCUUUUAUUGUAACAAAGACCCAAAGAUUCAACCCACCGGCCGGCAGUCUUUGUUCGGAAAUGGCGGUUUGUUGUGGUUUCGAAGACUAAUGGUGUAACGGCCGUUUCAAUCAGUGCAAGUUGUGAUAUGUUUCAAGUGUAAAGAAAUUAGUUUUUUUCAUUUUUAUUUAGUGAUCAUUUCGAGUCAUGGUGCCGUGGUGUUUUGUUUGUUUGCAUGUGCUUUAGUGGAAGUGAAGUUAAUUGUUUGUUGUGAGUGAUUCUGCAUAUGGAGGAUUACAACGCAAGGCUUGCGAUGGCGAUAGCUGGUUGCAGAGGUGAAAACGAAGCUGUUGUUUUCAUCCAACGCCGAAGUUGGACGAUAUAAGGAACAAGUGGAAGAAGUUUUCAAAGGGAAAGGGCAAAGGUCACGAUAUACUUCUGGAGAUCAAUGAGUUGGAGUAUCCGAGGGCGAAUGAAACUUUGAGGGCUUUCCACGAGGAAAGGUGGAAAGACUAUUACAAGUGCCUGGAGAUGAGACAUUCUGCUGCUAGUGUUCAUAAAACUCUUUAUCCUACCGCGGUAGUGGCUAUGCAAGGAUCAUCGGUAUUACUAAACUGUGGAAUUUGCAUCUCCCCAAGUGAAGUUCAUACAACAGAAUCAAUCGACUGGUUCUAUAACAGUACAAGGGACGGUAACUUAACGAAUGUGCCAGUGAAUAGCGAUGAGUAUACCAUAAUUUCUCCGAGUGACAGAAGCCUUCACAUGUUCAAUAUCGGUGCAGAGAGAGAGGGUUUUUACUGGUGCCAAUUGGAGGCCACAAUGUCCAACCCAUUUUACGUGCACGUCAAUAACGAAACGGAUGAAUUGAGGGUGGUACAGGGGGAGGAAGCACCUGAUGCUCUUCAUCCCGAACCUCCGGAGGUUAUUGAUACAUACGGGUUGAGGGUGUUCACUGACUGGGCCCCAUGGUCCAGCUGCUCUAAGUGCGAUGUUGUGGGGAGGAAACAGCGCUACGGCUAUUGCAUGAUAGAACUCGUGAAUUAUGGAGGGCGGAAGGUGCGGAAGAAGAGGGAUGAAGCUAUUGAAGAGCCAGUGCAUUCCGACACAGACCUCAACUCCCUGAUCGAGAAAGUUCUUAUUUUCUUCGGUAAUAAACUUCCCUGCAGAUCCUUUUACACUCCCAAGAAGAUUCAAGAACUACCACAAAUAAAACAGCGAAUGAACGAAGUGAUGAGAAAAUUUUGCAAAGUGAAAUGCCAGAAGGAUGUCAUCUUCGAGAUACGAGACAAGAAUGGGAAUGUCAUCGAGAGCGCAAACAACAGUGCUGGCGUUUAUUCUGUACUUCAGGGUGUACCGGACCCUUUGCCACCAGUCCAGCGUGAAACAUUGUAUACGAAACAUAAUAGUAAAGUGGAAUUGACAUGUCCUGGGUAA